AACCACCCCCGUAAUGAACAGAUAACCUCCUCUUUCGAUAAAGCCCCCGACGGCACGGCGGGUCAGGGGCCACCACCAACCCUCGCCUCCGCUCCGCCUCCCAUGGCGUCGUCCCUCGCCGCCUUCCACGCCCACCCUAUCCCCAACCCGCACCGCCACCCCGCCCGCCCCAACCCCACCACCGGCCUCCUCCGCCUCCUCCCAUCGCGCCGCCGCUCCCGCCCCCGCGCGGCCGUCCGCCUCGCCGUCUCCGCCUCCUCCACCUCCGCCCCGCCCCCCUCGGCCGACCGCUCGGAGGCCGCGUCGUCGCUCGAGAGAUGCCUCUCGGCGACGGCCACGGGAGCGGGGAUGGGAACCGGGGCGGCCGCGCCGGCCUCGGCCCCGCCGCGCGCCCCGCCGGCGAUGAAGGGGAGACGGAAGGGCGCUUUCGGGGCCGUCACGCUGGAGAAGGCCAAGCUCGACCUAUCCCAACGCCGCAAGAAGAUCAUGCCCGAGCUGGCCACUGGUGGUGGUGGUGGAGAUAUAGGAAAAAGGAUUGGUCAUGGCGGGGGUGAUGGUGGAGAUGAUGAUGGCGAUGAUGAUGAUUACUUUGAUGAUUUUGAUGAUGGGGAGGAAGAGGAAGGUGGACUUUUCAGGAGGCGAAUUGUUGUACAGGAGCUUUUCAAUAGAGAGUUUGUAGAAGCUGUGCUGCAAGAAUGGUGCAAAACGAUGAGUAAUUUGCCUGCUGGUCUCCGCCAAGCUUAUGAGAUGGGAUUGGUGAGUUCUGCUCAGAUGGUGCGAUACCUGUCAAUAUUUGCAAGACCUACAAGCACUAGGUCAUUUUCAAGAGCUCUUCCAGGAUGGCUCUCCAGAGGUCUUGUAGGAAGAACACUUGCAGAUCCAGCAUUCCCACAUAAGAUGGCUUUUGAGUUUAUGGCUAGCUUUUCCUCAUCUGUUUGGUGGGAGAUGAAUAUUCGCAAGGAAAGGUUUCAGCAAGAAUGGGACUUGGCGCUUGUUAAUGUUCUGACCGCAUCUUGUUGCAACUUGAUGGUUCUUGGGCUUUUGGCACCAUGCCGUUCAUAUGGGAGUACAUCACGAUUUGACUUCCAAAAUACAAUUGAGAAACUUCCAAACAAUAUAUUUGAGAAGAGCUAUCCUUUGAGAGAGUUUGAUCUACCAAAACGAAUCAGUGCAUUCUUUUAUAAAGCAGCUGAGCUUAGUCUGGUUGGGUUUGUUGCUGGCUCUGUUCAAGGUGGUAUGUCGAAAGUUUUGUCUGAAAGAAAAGGAAGGAGGUUGUCGGUGACUAUUCCUUCUGUCGGCACCAAUGCCCUUGGUUAUGGAGCUUUCCUAGGACUAUACGCGAACUUGCGUUAUCAAUUGCUAUCUGGACUAGACCAUUACAUGGUAAAGCGCUUUGAUGUUUUGGGUGUGGCAAUCUUCUUUAGCACAGCAGCAAGACUGAUGAAUAUUCAGAUUGGUGAGGCAUCAAGGCGAACAUGGCUUGGGGAGGAAGCUGACCCACAAUACUCAGAUCGACUUUUGAGAGCAUACAAGAGGCCUGUUGAGGUUAACGUGGACCAACAGGAUUCAAGAUGGUUUAUAUCCAAGGAUGCAAUGGUUUCUGGCCUUGGUCUUCUAGGCAUAAAGCAGGGUGGACCUGAGACCACAUUGUCCAAGCCUCGCAGAAAGAGAGUCGUCCGCAAAAAAGUCGCUUCAGGUUGAAUUCAGUGGAUUUGGUAGCAGUGCUGGAACAAUUUUGCUUCAGUUCCACUAUGCCGUAAGGAGUGUUCGACUAAGCGUGGUAGAUGAGAACAGCUGUUUUGGCAAUGAGCGGAGACAUCGAAGCCUGUGAUUGUAUUUGGAGGGGUGGUUCAAAGGUGUAGGACAAUUACCAUUUUGUAAUUUCUUACUAUCUUCUUGUUUUUCGAAAGAAUAAUAUCUUGAUUUCUUGUACCGUUGUGAGCGAAAUACACGUUUAGCGGUAGUCUUGGAGAUUGUUAAAGAUACCCUUCUUAACAUGAGAAAGAGACCCUGCAUUUUGAGUUAGGUCAAAUAGAAAA